ACUUGCCUCACCGCACAAGUAGGCACUAGUCAACAACUUGGUGAAAUAUUUCGAAGAAAUAAAAAAAAUUCGUGCAGUUAUUAAAUUUUUAAGUUACGUGUUUGAAGUCAGUUCCAACCAGCGGACCUUAGUUGGCAACAAUGUUAGUCGCACGGGAAGUGACGUCGUUGUUGGGUAUCCCCGCCAUUGCUUCUGCGCCCGCCCGCUUCGAUCUCGAGGUGCUACCGUGAACGUAUGGUAGGCAAAAUCGCGACUCAGUUACCGUACCCAUAGAAUGGGUGGCGGAAGCUGGUGCUGUGCCGUUGACUGCACGAACAGCAGCAAAAAUUCUCCAAACGUGUCCUUUCAUAGCUUUCCGAAGGAUGGCGUCCUGCGCGAGCAGUGGCUCCGAGCUGUACGGCGUAAAGCAUGGAGCCCGACGGCUGCAACUCGAGUGUGCUCCGAACACUUUGAAGCCGAGUGUUUUGAGGUGACAAGCCUGCUCAAGUUGGACUUCGGCCUUGGCCGUGGGUAUCGUAAGCUGAAGCCUGGUGCCGUGCCCACAGUAUUCAAGUACAAUGAGCCCCGACGACCCCGCAUCGAAAGAGGCGCGCUGGCGAAGAGAAGAAGAACAGAGCUGGUGCAGGAUGCAAUGAGUGGUGCUGAGCCUGGACCAUCUGACCAAGGAGCUUCUCCGGUUCCGGUCACAGAUGAAGACAGUGAGGGCUCGAACGUGGAACACUCACAAUCAGUGAGUGCUGAUGUUGGCUGCCAAGCCAAUAUUCCCCUGGGGACGAACAAGAAGAUGACCCAGACAGCCUUCAGGUGCAGAAGCAUUGGCACUCAGACACAGCAAUCGAUUUGCCAUGUGGGUAGCCAGACCGACAGCACAGCAGGCACACAAGGGCCACCUUUACAAGCUUCAACCGUGUAUCAUCCUGAUGAACCUGGCGAUCACGCCGACGGGGACGACACGGAUGAUGAGGCAGUCACAGCACUAAGUGGUGAUGGAGACACGGAGGCCUGGAAAGACCCACCAUACUGCCGUGAUGAGAGCGACAUGGAUGAUUCUGAUGACGAGACCGAUGCAUCCACCGAGCAACCAAAGCCCGAGAGGUUCUACGAAAAGAAGUUCCUGGUUUUUGAGUCGAACCUGAGGGAACUCCUGGACAGGUGCCUGAUCUGCGGCACACCACAGUGCACGGCUAAACUGUCCUUCGUGGGGACAAUGGUUCGAGCUGACAUCACAUGUCCCAAGUCCCACGUCUGCACUUGGCGCAGUCAGCCUGUCCUCCACAGAAAGCCAAUGGGGAACCUCGCUGUGUGUUCUGCUACCCUGUUCUCGGGAAGUAGUCCCGCAAAGGUGCUGCGACUAUUUUCCUUCCUUGGAAUGGAGUCAGUGAAGAAGUCGCAGUAUUUCAAGAUCCAGCGAUGCUACAUGCUUCCUGCAGUAUCUGAGGUCUGGUUCCAUGAGCAAGCAACCAUCCUGGAUGAGCUUCGAGGAAGAAAGCUCUGCCUCGCGGGAGACGGGAGGGCCGACACACCAGGCCAUUGUGCAGACUUUGGCACAUACACUCUGCUCGAGACAUCUGUUAAUCGUAUUUUGCACACGGAGCUUGUGAAGUCCACUGAAGUCUCUUCGAGUAAUCGAAUGGAGACCGAGGGGAUGGAACGGUCCCUUAACUUCCUGUGCGCCCAAGAUAUGACGGUGGACACCUUGGUGACUGACAGACACUCGGAGGGCAAGGCUUCUCUGAAAAGGAACCACCCAGGCAUCAAGCACCGGUUCGAUGUGUGGCACGUUGCCAAAGGUGUAAACAAGAAAAUCGUGGCGGCGGCUCGAUCCAAACAGCACAACGUUCUCCUGAAGUGGAGUAAGACUAUUGUCCGUCACCUUCACUGGUGUGCUAGUACCAGUGAUGGCGACGGCAAGCUGGUCCUGGCCAAGUGGACCUCCCUGAUCCGCCACAUCAUCAAUGUGCACCGGCAUCCUGACCCCCUUCAUCCAGCCUGUGAGCACGGCAACGUGCCAGAUCGUCUCUGGCUCGAAGAAGGCACAGAGACAUUCAGGAAGCUUGAAGCCAUCCUGAUGGCACCCAACCUGCUGAGGGACAUACCCUUCCUGUCCCCAAAGGAACAGACGUUCGGGCUGGAAUCGUUUCAUGCAGUUUUGAUACACUUUGCUCCAAAGUCCAGCAAGUUCCAGUAUGACGGAAUGCUCGCACGCACCUACAUCGCAGCCCUGCACUACAAUCAAAAUGCAGGCAGGGACGUGCUCCUUGAUGAGGAUGGGAGCCCCAAGUUCUACCAGAGAUGCUCGAAGGCACAGAAGCGGUGGACACUUGCACCUGUCAAAGAAAGCGUGACAUAUGACUAUGUGCGGAAGCUGUGCGACGCUGUGCUGGAGUGCGUGAACAGGUGGCCCACUUAUGCGAUCGCCGGAAAAGCUACGUACCGGGUGUCGCACGACACACUCAGCAGCAAAUGUGGUCCCAAACCAUCGAUGGGUGAAGCAGUUGCAAGGCAUCGGUCACGUUUUUCUACAUGAAAUGUCAAAGCAGCUGCGCGGUUGCUGUUGACAGCAGUGAACACUGAACAGACAGCCUGCUAUCAUCAUCAAGGACGCCAUCAAGCCAUGAGCAUGGGCUCGCGUGUUUUGCGACUUAUAUGACAGAUGCAUUUGACAAUCUGGAUCACAGACUUCUGUAAUACCCCAGGCGUUGCAACCUUUUUGAGAGCUACUUGUCUUAACGUGAGAACUUGGUGUGUGUGUCUAAUUGCCUAUUGAACCCUUUCUUCGUUUUGUCAGGCGUCCCAGUGUGAAGCAACCUCAGCCCUUUGCUGUUUUUUUAGCUUUCUAAAUUACCUUGCCUUGUGUGUGAAAUACUCAAAAAUGUGGUUAUUUGCCUAUGGCAUAAAUUAUAUUGACUGACAAAUACUGUGUUUAUCUACAGCAUGAUGUAUGCUUUACUUUUUUUUGUGGUCGUCUAAUGGUAUUGUAAUGAACGAAUCAAAAACAGUUAUUUGUCUCAGCAGGAAACGUGACAUUUUGCAAUUUUGCUAUGUUUUAGACAAUACUGUUAGCCGUGUGUCUCUGAUUAGAGCUUUGGGUGUUUAUUUAGAUACCAAAUUUUCUUUUAAUCAUCAAGUUACAAAUAUUGUCAUUGCUCAGUGUGUUUGGUUCAUUAUGCAUAUAUCGAGCGAUUUUAAGAAUGCACCUUGUUUUCCAGCAUUCUUUCGUUCUCUUGUUCGAAGCCGCCUUGAUUUUUCUCUAGUUUGAAACAGCAUUGCAGACUAACUCUUGUGUUAUUGAGCGAGUACAAGAAAAUUUCUCUUUUAUGGCCGCUACUUGCAAUCCAAGGUAUUUUAUAACUAUGAGAGAUUAUGUUAGCUGAUUGACUUACACUCUUUGUGUAAUAGACGAAUGAUGCGGGAUUUGAUGUCCCUGCAUAAGGUCAUUAAUGGGAUUCUAAACAGUGUAUAUCUGCGUGUUGUGCAAAGGUCUAGCUGUGUGCGAUCAUUGUUUUAUCCUUUCCGUUUACACAACACUGACCCCAUUAUCCGUCUGCAACUGGUUCUUAACAAAUUUGAAUCUGAGAUAAAUUUGAUAUUGAUAUUUUUGGAU